GCCAAGUUCCGCUUUCCGCUUUCAAGGUGCCCUUACCUGAGGCAGUAGGCAGUUGCAGCUGAGUGCUUCGUUGCUUGCGUGUCGAAACUUGUCAUUUUUGCACCGGUACGAUGUCCCGCUUUUCGUGUGUUGAAGCUGCUCCACCCGUCGAAAUAUUUGCUCUAAUGCGAGCAUACCGGGCUGAUGCAUUUCCUCAAAAAGUGGAUCUUGGUGUGGGAGCUUACAGGACUGAGGAAGCCAAGCCAUGGGUUCUGCCAGUAGUACGUAAAGUUGAAAAAGAAAUGGCCGAGGACUCUUCACUUAACCAUGAGUACCUUGGUCAGCUUGGCUUAGAUGACUUCAGCAAGGCAGCUGUUAGCAUGCUGCUGGGCAGUGAAAAUCAAGCCAUCAAAGACGGCCGAGCAGUCGGCGUCCAGUGCCUCAGUGGAACUGGCUCAUUGCGGGUUGGUGCAGAUAUGCUGUGUAAGCACGCAAAAUUUACAACAGUCUACAUGUCAACCCCUACCUGGCCUAAUCAUGCUCUAGUAUUCAAGCAUGCUGGCUUUCAAAACAUCAAGUAUUACCACUAUUGGGAUGCCAAAAAUCGUUGCCUUGAUUUUAAUGCCAUGAUUGAAGAUCUGCAGAAUGCACCAGAAGACUCUGUUGUUGUGCUGCAUGCCUGUGCGCACAACCCAACUGGCAUCGAUCCCACCCAGGAUCAGUGGAUGAAGAUUGCUGAUAUCAUGAAGGCCAAAAAGCUGUUCCCUUUUUUUGACUGUGCUUACCAAGGAUUUGCUUCUGGAAACCUGGAGAAUGACAGCUGGGCUAUACGGUACUUUGUUUCUCAAGGCUUUGAACUUGUUUGUGCCCAGUCGUUUGCCAAGAACUUUGGUUUGUACAAUGAACGAAUUGGCAACCUCUUGCUUGUUAUUGAUGACAAGGAAGCCCUAACAAAUGUCCUGGCUCAAAUAACAUUGCUUGUGCGUGGGAACUAUUCAAACCCUCCCAAUCAUGGUGCCCGCAUUGUCUCCAAGGUUCUGAACACUCCGGCAUAUUUUGAGGAAUGGAAAAGUCACAUUCAGACUAUGGCAAACCGAAUAAUUUCAAUGCGGAAAGCCCUACAGGAUAAGCUGCAUGAACUAGGAACCCCAGGAAGCUGGGAGCAUAUCACGAAACAGAUUGGGAUGUUCUCCUACACUGGGCUAAACCAGCAGCAAGUGCAGCACCUCGUGCAAAACUACCAUGUGUACUUGCCGAAAGAUGGCCGCAUCAGUAUUUGCGGUCUGAACACUGGCAAUGUAGAGUAUGUUGCUAAGGCCAUCCAUGAUGCAGUCACAAAGUUUCCUCAAAGCUAAUCGACUGACCAGUGUCAUCGAAGAAACAGCAUAGGUUGUAGAAGCACUCAUCCCAGUACUGAAUGUGCAUGGACUUAAGUCUUUAAUCGUCCUUUUUAGCAAGUAAUCAUUAUUUUGUGUUCAAGCUCAUAUUUUUAUAGAUCUUAGGGCUUUGAAAACUAGAUUUAUUGUGACUGUUUUGAAAUUGAUCUGAUGCUGCGAAGUGCAAAGCAGUUUAAGCAUGAAGAUGGUUGUAAGGAGUAACAUAGGUCAUGUUCUUUGUGCACUGGUUAUACGCCGGGCAUGAGAAAGUAUUUUUUGGUUCUGAGAUAAUGAAUUUACACUAGGCAUACUGUUUAGGUUUUUGAAAUGGGCAAUUCACCAACCACCUAUCUUGAGUGCACAUGUCUUUGUCUUAUUUUACGACAGCAUUUGUACUGAAUUGCCAAAUAUGUAUCUCUUGAAAUAAUUUUUUUUGACCUGUUAAUAUUAAAUUUGCUAAAAAUCCAAAAUGCCUUUGUUCCUCUCUUUCAUAUUACAGUCGACGACUGAUAAUUCGGACUCAACAGGGAAUGUAAACAAGUCCGAACUUUCGAAUGUCCAAAAAAAAAUGAAUGUGUUCAAAAAAUAUCAUUUUGUUUACGCUUUAAGGCCCCUGUGCAAGGAAGAAGUGGUCAGUGCGCUGCUGCAUGCAUUUCCGCGUACGUGCAACCAAGUCUGCCUGUAUUUCUGACAGUUUUGAAUUUCGCUGUACGCCGAUGCAAGGGCUGCAAAGGCUCGAGUCAGAUCUGCAUGUGGAAGGCUGCGGAGCACACGGCGCAUCAUCAUCCGAGUCAGAGUCGCUGUUUGACGGUGGGAGAACUUGCUAAAUUAUUUCAUCAUCAUUCAGUUCGGCAAACGACGAAACCGUGCUGUCGAAGUCUGCAAAUCUAACGGUGGCAGGAAUAGGCUCACCGCAGCCUAGCAGGUCAUCAAUGAUGUCCACAUUUGAGUUCAUUCUGGUAGGCGGCAAUUCAGCCUCUUCAGUUGCAGAGUCAGGCUCAUUCGAACUGCGAGGGCAUCGUUGGUGCCAUUUGACACGGCCUAUCUAUAACUUCACGAGAAUGACUUCUUGGAGCCAGCAGAGCGCUGUCUGGGAUGCAAACUAAACAAACAAGCACAUCCAUAACAGACUGGCGAUAGCGGGCCUAAAGUCUCUUUAUUAUGGUCCCUAGAAUAUUCGCUAGUCUGCCGUCUGCGCGCCGCUCCGUAUGGAGCGGGCGGGACGCUUUUUGAAUGAAAGCGCAGAGCAAUCCUACUGCUACGCUCUUCACUGUCAUCUGCUUGGCUGCCUGCAUGCACUGCGGCAGGUUGGUGCGGGUGGGUUUACAUCUUCUGCGUUUCCGAUUUUUCACGAAGUCUCUCAAUGAUGAAAAGGCAGCAAACAAAGAAAUGCUAGAACACUUGAAAAUGAGAAGAUGAAAAUGAUUGCAUUUCACCAAUUGCAUCAGAUCGGGGACACACGUUCAGUGGCCUUGUAAUUGUAUUUUCUUAUUCUCUAAUUUCUUUUCUUAUUCACGAACCUCUUGCCAUUUCACCGGAUGUUGUGUGCUAUAAUUUGUUUACACUGUUUUCUGAACGUUCUUCAUUCUUCCCUUUAUAAUUUGUUUUAACUGUGUGCUUGAUUACUUGUGCGGAAUUAUCAUGCAGUGGAAUAUGCUUCCACAAUUUUAUCUAUUGUCGCAACAUAUUCGGGUGCUCUCCUUGACAAUGUGUGAUAUCAACUUUGCAUGUCGCGUCAUUUCCUUGCAUCCCAUCAGUGGCGCUUGGGAAAUUUUUUUUUUCGUUUUGUUUACUUUUACCGUUUGCAAUUUGAUCUAUUAUUAUGUGUUGAUAUUUGUUCUCACUGUUCUUGCUCAGCCUUAACUGGAAUUAAGUGCUUUCUUCUUGUCUUGAAUAUGCUUUGAACGAGCUUGGGUAUAAUUUUUAUUUUUACCCUCUACUAUGCCACAUCGCACCCGCCGUCGUUUCUCAGUGGCUAUGAUGUUGGGCUACUGAGCACAAGGUCGUGGUAUCGAAUCCCAGCCAUGGUGGCCGCAUUUCGAUGGGGGCAAAAUGCGAAAACACACGUGUACUUAGAUUUAGGUGCACGUUAAAGAACCCCAGGUGGUCAAAGUUUCCGGAGUCCUCCAUACGGUGUGCCUCACAAUCAGAAAGUGGUUUUGGCACGUAAAACCCCAUAAUUAAAAUUUUAAUUAUGCCACAUUGCACAUCUGUACCUCAUGUCAGUUAUUCCGGUGUUGUCAGCAUUGGCGUGACCCCUAUGGUCCAUAAAGUCAAGUGAGCCAAUCGAGGCAGUUGGUGACAUCAAUUAAUUCAAAGUUAAUUAAAGCUAUGUUAAUUAAGGCAAAGUCAGACAAGGCAGAGUGAAUCAAGUAGGCAGGUUUAAUGAAGCUAGAGUUGCAGCACUCGAAGCCACACCAUUGGUAGGAGUCAAACCCAUGGCCAUUGGUGUUAAGGUGAAAUUAAAGUACAGUCACUUAAGAUUGAGUUCAUUAAGGCGUUCGAACGCAUGACCUUUGGUGUUAAUUAGGGCAAAGCUAAUUAAAGUACAGUUAAGACACUCGAACCCAUGGCCUUUGUUGGGAAUAGAACCCUCGACCUUUGGUGGGAGUCCAACCCAUGACCUUUGGUGUUAAGGUGAAGUUAAAUUAAGACGACUGAAAGUGCAUAGGCAUCGCGAGGUGGUCGCAAUGCUUUAGCAUUGGGAUAACUAAGGGCCCCUCAAGUUUAUUGUUUCACUUUUAACCACUGCAGCCUUGGCUGCCAAAGGGCAGUAGUAUUGUAUAAAUAAAUAAAUUCAGUGUUCAAGCUAUUCCAGGCUGCGCAAUCGCUUUAUGUUCUGAAUCUAAUCCCCACUCCACAGGCAUGCUUCAUACGGCUCAACAACAAAAAAAAAGGUCUUCACGAACGAAUACCACUUUACGCAGCUAAAACCUCUUGUCAAACUCGUAACAAAUACUGCUCUAAUGCGGCACAAGUACACGGCGGCAGAAAAGCAUUAAAAAAAACUAAACGGCUAAACUAUACGCUGAACACACGUGCACUUCGCCAACACAGUCGGGCGGCCAAGCGCCACGCUGUACCAUGGGUGGAUGUUAUGAGUGUCUCCUUUGGAACAGGGCGGUGGGUUGCACCACCAAGCUCUUGCUAUUAUGCUGCCCAAUGUCCUACCUAGGUUAAAAAAAGAACGCACGAUGAUUUCCCAUAACCAAAUUUUCUGACCCCCUAUUGUGAACUUUGUUUUUGUCGUUUCCCUACUUUUGUUCCACAAAUCUUCCAAUCGCCUCUUACUAACCUCCCUAUUGCGGACAUCUUUCCCCCUGCUCUCGCUGAACCCAAGGGCUUCAAGGAGGCCAGUGGUGCCUAAAUCGACCGCUGGGUAGACGUCUUCACAUUCUAAUAAAACAUGCUCCGUCGUUUCCCUAGCUUUACCGCAGCAAGCGCAUGCUUCUUCUUCCUUCUUAUAUCUCGCUUUAUAGGUGCGUGUUCUAAGGCACCCCGAUCUCACUUCGAAAAGUAAUGAGCUUCCCUUUGAGUUAUCAUAAAUGGUUUCUUUCCUGAUUUCGUUUUUUCCUCUUAAGUAGUUACUCAUGGCAGGUUUCUUUUUCAUUGCCGCCACCCAUGAGAUUAUUUCAGCCUCUCUGAAUUUCCGCUUGACCUUCUUUGUCGCUGUGUUGCCCACCAUACAGGCCGCAUACUUGCUGGUAAGCUUCCUAGUUCUUUUCCUCCACUGUGAAUCAAUGUUUUUCCUGUACAGAUACCUGAACACCCUCCCAGCCCAUUUACUCUCUUCCAUAUUCCUCAGCCGUUCUUCAUACUCAAUUUUACUGCGAGCUUCCCUCACUUCAAAAGUAGUCCAGCCCAUAUCACCCUGCACAGCUUCAUUUGUAGUCUUCCUGUGAGGGCCCAAUGCGAGGUUACCCACUGACCUUUGGUUCCCUUCGAGUCCUGAUUGUACCCCUGAUUUAAAGCAAACAACCACAUUUCCAAAAGUAAGUCCUGGAACCAUUACACCUUUCCACAUAUCUCGGAGCACCUUGUACCUAUAGUAUCCCCAUAGCGGUCUGUGCUUCAUUAUGGCUGCAUUUUGCUUCCCCUUUACUGUUAUUGUUUUUUUCCUGUGUUUCCAUAUAUUGAUUGCCUUCGUUUAUCCACACACUAAGAUAUUUAUAUUCUUUUAUCCGAGAUAUUUCCUCGUCCUGUAUUGCCACUGUCUGUUCACCGUUUUCAUUGAAUACCAUAACACCUGAUUUUCUAACACUAAAUUUCAAACCUAAAUUGUUGCCUUCCUGUCCACAGAUAUUAGCCAGACGUUGCAAAUCACUUUGCUUGUUAGCUAGCAACACGAUGUCAUCCGCAUAAAAUAAACCUGGAAGCUGCUGCUUUAGUACUGUACCCGCCUGUCUGUAUGAGAGAUUAAACCUGAUAUUGCUUCCUUCUAGCACCCUCUCCAUCUUUACCAUGUACAUCAUAAACAGCAAUGGGGAUAAAGGGCACCCCUGCCUCAGUCCCUUGUUAAUAUCAACUUUCUCCUAUCUCCUCAUCCUUGCCAUUCAAUGCAAACGGUAUUUUCUAGGUAAAUCUCUCUCAAAAGCUGUAGACAAUCAUCACCUAAACCUUCUCCUUCCAGAAUAUCCCACAAAAUGUUGUGGUCUACGUUGUCAUAGGCUCCUGUAAAGUCUAAAAAGGCCACAUAUAAUGGUCUGCUUUCUACUCUUGAUAUUUCAAUGCACUGAGUAAGAACAAAUAAGUUAGCAUCCAAACGCCUACCUAUUCUGAAGCCAUUCUGAAGUUCUCCCCAAAUGCCAUUAUUCUCUUCCCAUGCUUGCAGCUUUAAUUUGAUUGCGUGCAUUGCUAGCCUGUAUAUUACAGAUGUAAUGGUCAACGGUCUAUACAAGUGAAUUCUACCUUUCUCCCCCUUGCCUUUAUAAAUUAAAUUCACUCUAUUUUGUCGCCAACUGUCUGGUAUUCUUCCAUCUUUUAAAGUUUCUUCCACUGCUUUCACCAGAGCUUCCUUACUUUUUCGUCCUAGUUCAUUAAUCAGCCUAACGGGAACCUCGUCUAGCCCUGUGGCUGUGCGCUUAGGAAUUUUCUCUUCGGCUUUCUUCCAGUUGAAAUUUGUCAGCACUAGCUCCUUUUCUACCUGGGUCUCUUUCAUGCUCUUUUUUUUCUUUCUUAAUAUACAAUCUCCCCAUUGCCUUGGGAAGAUUCGGCUGUUAUUUUUCGGAUGUAAUUUAAUGCGACUUCCCGUUCCAAGUUUGUUUCCAGCUUCGUCUAGGAUAUGUUGUUGUAUUGUUGUUGACUUCCUGCCUAAUAAAUUUAUAUGGUUCCAAAAUAUUCUAUCUAUAAGAGUGAAUAUUGUUAGCAGUGCCACCGCCACCAUCAUUCGAAAACAGUCCUUGCUCCCGUCAGCGGACGGCAGACUAGCCAAUAUUUUAGGGACCAUAUCUAGAGUGUACCAGAAUACGGUUGAGUGGGACGAGCGGCUGGGGCGGCGCAUGCUUUGCAGUCAGGCACAUAUUGACGAAAAGUACUGUGGCGGCGCUGUUAUUGAAGUGGAUGGGACCGCAUCAAGGGUCGCGCCGUUGGAAACUGCUGGCGAUACUUUCGGAAGGGUCAUUCACACUACUUUGCGCGCUGGUAUAUGCGUUCAGACCGCACAAAUGGUGUUUAUAAUUGUACAUGACAUGUAUUUAUGCCUUCGAAAUGGAUGCCUUUCUUUCUUUUCUUUAUUUCAUUUUUUUAAUGCCGCUUGGUGAUUGUGUGUGCAUUGUGGCUGCAGUGUCGGCUUUCAUUCUAUGUUAGUGUACGGUUCCCUUUGGAGAACAAAUAAUUUUCUUGUUCUUCAUGCAGCAUGUAUCUCUCGUGUGGGGUUUUACGCAUACAGUUUUCCAUCACUAGGUCUUGCAAAACGCAGACGGAAAAACAUUUGUAAACGUCCUGCUUGCCGCUUCAAACAAAUAAAACAUAACUGCCACAUCCUAUACCCUGUACUCGGAAAAAAAAAAUAAACUGCAGUGCAACAUUCCA